GGACGAUAAAAUAACACACGAACGACGGGCAAUAAAAUAAUUCGUAUUACGUCGUCGCGGGCCGAGCGGAACGUUUCGCGAUCGACGGAAGCAUCAUCGAUGUUUUAGUAUAUACUAAAACGCGGUAAACGAUCUACGGACUGCGAUUCGCGACGAUGCAUUAGAACAGCUACGCGGUUUUUCAACACGGCCCGGGAAAGAUAGUGCACCGACGGCUGCAUCGGUCCGGACGGCCGUAAGGGUAGUUUCCGCUUUAGACGGCAUACGAAAAGCUCCAUCAUUAUGGCGACAAACGUUAUCAUACUGUGCAUUGCUUUGGUGCCCGUCUAUGUCAUCGCGUUUGGCAAGUACUCGGAAAAUAUAAAAGACUCUGAGUACGUUCGGAGCAAACUGUUGGAGAACGUCAUCAAUCAACUGGAAAAGGACAUCGUCAAGUCGGAAAUGGACGGUGGUAAGUACGAUGCGGCCGUGAGGUACGGGCCGCGGAUGAAGACCACCGAACGUGAACCUAUCGGGGCCGACUACGAUGACGCGGGAGUGGAAGGCCGGAACGCGGUGCCGUCGAUCCGGGACAACGAGUACGUGCAGCACGGCACGCUGUGGGGAGCGCAAUACGUGAGCGGUGGUGCUGGCGAGGGAGUGCAGACCCUGAACCCAGAUAGUCCGACAAGAAACAAAAAUGAAGUUAAAACCGACGCAGCGCUGCCGGCCUAUUGCAAUCCGCCUAACCCAUGUCCGGUGGGAUACACUGAUGAGGAUGGUUGUAUAACAGAUUUUGAAAAUACGGCAGCGUUCAGUCGAGACUAUCAGGAAUCCCAAGAAUGCAUGUGCGAUUCUGAACACAUGUUUGACUGCGCAAGAUCAAAUAAUGGCAACAAACACAAUGUUGAUGUGGAUGAACUUGUAAGAACAUUUCAGGUAGAUGAUGAACACAAAAGUUUGGUUGCAAAAAAAUUCCACGUCAAAAAGGCUUUUAAUCCAUACUUACAAGGAGAAUUUUUGCCCAUAGCUGCAAAAAAGGGAAUUAAUAUCGGAUUGUAACAUAUCUUAAUCCAAAACGACCAAUUAUUAUUCAUUCUAUAUUAGACAAUUCCAACAAAAAUGUUACAAAGCAAAAAGAAAAAAAAAUAUAUAUUUAUUUCAACCA